AUGGAGCCCCAGGGGGCGCAGCGGCUCACUUUGGAGGCGCAGGGGCCCGCGCCCUUUGGAGAACCCCCACCAGCCCGGGAGCGGCCCGCCGCCGGGGUCCUCUGCCUGGAGGGUGGCGAGGACGGCGGCAGCGUAGCGGAGUCCGGGAGCCCCGACGCCGAGCCCUUGUCCCCCGAGGAGGAGGCUGUUCUCCGAGAGCAGGAGGAGCUGCUGGCGUGCCGCCGCCGCCGCCGCGCGCGGUCCUUCUCGCUGCCCGCCGACCCGCUCUUGCAGGCGGCCAAGCUCCUGCAGCAGCGCCAGCAGCUCGGCCUGGGGCUGGGCGCGGAGGGCGGCGAGAGGGCCGAGGACGCGCCGCACGGCCCGGGCGGCUGCUGCGCCAAGUGCAAGAAGCGAGUGCAGUUCGCGGACGCGCUGGGGCUGAGCCUGGCCAGCGUCAAGCACUUCAGCGAGGCCGAGGAGCCGCGGGUGCCGCCGGCCGUGCUCUCCCGCCUCCGCAGCUUCCCCAUGAGCGCCGAGGACCUGCAACAGCUCCCGGGCCUGCUGGCGGCGGUCGGGGCGCCGCCCCCACGGCUCCGUCCCCUCUUCGAGCUUCCCGGGCCCGGCGCGGCGGCCGAGCGCCUGCGGCGGCAGCGCGUGUGCCUGGAGCGCGUGCACUGCUCGGCGCCCGGGGACGCGGAGGUGACCGGCUCGGGACGGGUGCUGGGCUGCCCCGGGCCGAGGGCCGUGGCCGUGCGCUACACUUUCACCGAAUGGCGCUCCUUCCUGGACGUGCCUGCAGACCUGCAGCCGGAGCCCGCGGAGCUUCAGCGGCCGGAGACGCCGUCGGGGGAACCUGGGCCCGGGGGCGCCGAGGAGGAGCCGAGCGCCGAGCGCUUCCACUUCUCCCUGUGCCUGCCCCCGGGUCUGCAGCCCCAGGAGGGGGAGGACGUGAACGCGCCGGACAUCGCCGUCCACUUCGCAGUCUGCUACCGCUGCGCCCAGGGCGAGUACUGGGACAACAACGCGGGGGCCAACUACACGCUGCGCUACGCGCGCCCCUCGCCCUCUCCCUGA